AUGUCAUAUAGAAAGAGUGCCGGAAAAUUAUCCAGUAUUUGGGAUCUGAGUGAAUCCGAAGAUGAAGAUUCAAAGACCACAGAAACUUCUGAUGUAUGGAAUACUGUUCCAAAAGAGGAAUACGAAAAGAUGAAAGCUAAAACGAGACAAGGUUGUCUCUGUGAGGAUUGUGAACGAGCUAUUAAUCCUCUGAAUCGUCCUGAUUUUUCCGCGCUUAUGAAAAUAUUCACUUCUGAUAAUCUUCUUCGUCAUGCCGCCAUUUUCGCUGGGACACGCAAAAUCAACGAAAAAAUUGUAGACCAUUUUCAUACCACAUGGAAACACCCAAUGCAUAUGGGAAUACCUAGUGUCGAAUUUGUGUCUUUCAUGAUGAGUGAUAAAAGAGUGUGUCAGAGAUUUGAUGAUUACACGUCAGAAUUACUGUUGAUGCUUGACGACCCAAAUGUGAAGCCACUAUGGCACGGGACAACCGUGAAAUGCAAGUUUGUUGAUAAGCCCUGUGAUCCUAAUUCAGCAGAGAGCUGUGCUGGGUGUAAUAUACUAAGCAGGGGAUUUGACAUAAGCAAGAGUGGAUCUGCUAAUCCUUUUAAAAGAUUUGGUUCUGGUAUUUAUUUUGCUCCUAAUUCUUCAAAGGCACAUAGCUACGCCACUCCUAGAGGAGGUGCUGGAGAUUUAUAUACAAUUCUAUUUUGCUUUGUCGCUUUGGGAAGAUCUCACAAAACGGUUGAUGACAUGCCGCAUUUGACCGAACCUCCCUACCCUUGCCACUCUGUUCACGGGCGCGUGGGACACCGAUUAAAUUAUGAAGAAUAUGUUGUUUAUAGACCCGAUGCGGUGGUACCAUUUGCUGCUAUAACUUAUCGUUAUUAUUAA